CAUCCUCACCACGCACGAAAUAGGUGAAUUUGGGCAAUACAUGGGACCACUAAUCCAUAGAGUUCGAGGUUAGGAUGCUCAAUUUAUCGCGCUUUCUAGCGAAUGGAGGAUAAAGGGAUCCUUGAUCUUUAAGAGACCGGAAGUUGUGGAAGAAGCGGCUGGAGAAUGUGGAUAAAGGUGUUGUUGGCAACAGUUAUAUUAGCAUUGGUUAAUUCUGCUUCUGCCGGUGAUACUCUUAACAGAGAUGACUUCCCACCAGACUUCAUCUUCGGCGCAGGAACCUCUGCUUAUCAGGUUGAAGGUGCAGCAGAUGAAGAUGGGAGAACGCCCAGUAUACUUGACGUCUUAGCCCUCGACGAGAACAAGACCCGGGGAUAUGGAGAUAGAACAUGCGACCAGUAUCACAAUUAUAAGGAAGACGUGAGACUCAUGGCUAACAUGGGCUUAAAUGCAUACAGAUUUUCCAUAUCGUGGUCAAGACUUAUUCCAAAUGGAAAAGGAGCAGUCAAUCCCAAGGGACUAGAAUAUUACAACAACCUUAUCAAUGAGCUCAUAAGCCAUGAUAUCCAGCCACAUGUUACGUUGCAUCAUAGUGACCUGCCACAAGCACUGGAAGAUGAGUACGGAGGAUGGGUUAGUCGUAGAGUAGUGAAAGACUUUGAAGCAUAUGCGAAUGUGUGCUUCAAUGAAUUUGGUGAUAGAGUUAAGCAUUGGACCACGAUGAAUGAGGCAAAUAUAUUUGUGCUCUGUGGUUAUGAUUUGGGAAUGCUGCCGCCUCAGCGAUGUUCAUCUUCCAUUAUAGGCAUAGCUAACUGCUCCAAGGGCAAUUCUUCAACUGAGCCAUAUCUGGCAGCCCAUAAUAUGUUGCUAGCACAUGCAUCAGCUACUGCAUUGUAUAGGAGAAAGUAUCAGGAGCUACAACGUGGAUUUAUAGGGAUUAAUAUCUUUACUAUGGAUUUUUCUCCUCUAACAAAUACUACUGAAGAUUUAAGCGCCACUCAAAGGGCUCAAGAUUUCAAUCUGGGUUGGUUUUUGAAUCCCAUAAUGUUUGGUGAGUAUCCCGAGACACUUAAAAGAAGUGCAGGCUGGAAGCUUCCUUCCUUCACUAAAGCUGAAUCAAAUAUGGUGAAGGGUUCAAUUGACUUCCUGGGAAUUAAUUUUUACUACACAUGUCAUGUGAAAAACUACCCCAGCAGCUUACCAAUGGGGGACAGAGACAUUCUGGCAGAUUUGGCCUUCAUAUAUUCAUGUUUUGGGAAUGCUACAUUUGCCGUUGAGAUUCCAGUUAGACCCUGGGGAUUGAAAAACUUGCUGGAAUUAUUGAGGAACUCUUAUGGCAAUUUUCCCAUUUACAUCCAUGAAAAUGGUCAACAAACACUACGGGAUUCUUCAUUGGAUGACUGGUCAAGGGUCAUCUUCAUGCAUGAAUACAUUAAGAGUGUGCUUGAUUCACUCAGGAACGGAGUGAACGUGAGAGGCUAUUUUGUAUGGUCCCUUUUGGAUUUGCUCGAGAUAAUAACGGGAUAUCAAACCAGUUAUGGGCUAUAUUACAUAGAUCUGAACGAUCCAAAUUUGAAGAGGCAACCUAAACUAUCUGCUAAAUGGUACUCCGAUUUUCUGCAUAAUAGGAGUAUGAAUCCGAAGAUCACUACAGAACUUGAGAAGAGUGCACCUAUGCUCUCUGCUGCCGCAUAGUGCCACUUAGGACCAAAUAAGGAGAGGCUUAAAACUCAGGAACCAUUCAUCCUUCUCAGUCUUGUAAUUUUCUAAUGUUAUCAUUCAUGGUAGAAUUACAUGCUUCAUCUUAUUUUGAAGAAUUUGCCGAUUUCUGAAUACAGCAAUCUUAUUUGGAUGGUAGGACUCAAAAUCUCAA